CCCCUCGGGCGCUGGCCGCGCCUGCGCGCGCCUGCGCCGCUCCGCGCCAUGGCGGCCUGGACGUGCUGCCGGGUGGCCGCCGUGUCGUGCCUGGUGCUCUGCGUGUCGCUCCUGCUGCCGCGCACCCUCCUGCCCCGGGCCGGCGGCAGGCAGGAGCCCGGCGCCGCGCCGCCCGAGGGGAAGCUCAGUCACUUUCCACCGAGGAUGCAUUCCCACGCCACUCCUGAUGGCCGAGCAGUCCCUCAUUUUCCAAAGUCUCACCUUACUGAAGCACUUGCCAAAGCCAAGGCAGGUGGAGGUGGUAGUGGAAGCAGUGGUGGAAAUGGAAGAGGUCUUGUGGGACAGAUUAUCCCUAUAUAUGGAUUUGGCAUCUUCUUAUAUAUUCUGUACAUUUUAUUUAAGCUGGCUUCCAAGGGAAGAACUACUCCUGCAGAGCGGAAAUGCCCCACUGCUACACCUGGGAACAUGAAGAGGAAAAUCACUGACUAUGAGCUCACUCAACUCCAGGAAAGACUGAGAGAGACAGAAGAAGCAAUGGAAAAAUUAAUCAACAGAGUAGGACCCAUGAAUGACAGGACUCAAAAUGUUACAACAGAUCAGGAAAAAAUGUUACUUCAACAGCUCCGAGAGAUUACUAGAGUUAUGAAAGAAGGAAAAUUCAUAGAUGACAUCUCUCCUGAGAAAGAAGCUGAGGAAGCUCCUUACAUGGCAGACUGGGAAGGUUAUCCAGAAGAGACCUAUCCUGUCUACGAUAACUCCGAUUGCUUCAAGCGCAAACAGGACACAAUCCUUGUGGAUUACCCUGACCUGAGCCAGCCCUCUCCAGAAGAGCUGGCAGAAAGAAUGGAGGGCAUGGAAGAUGAGGAGUAUCCUUAUAAUGAAACCCUGCUAAGUGAUCUCACCACGGGAAUGGGUCGUCAGGAUUUAAUGCAGAAAAAGGAUGAUGUAACUCUCGUCAGGGAGAAGAGUGACCUUCCUGCCAGCCAGAGCACUGGGGAGUGCUGCUGUUGCUGUGAUGAUGAUCCUGCUGUCAUAGCAGAGAAUGCUGGAUUCCACUCUGAGAGCUGCAGUGAAGUAGAGGAGACAAGCCAAGAGGACCUGUCUGUGGAGUCAGAAAAUGAAAAUGCAGCACUGGAAAAGCAAAAAGUCAGGGAUUUAGAGGAGACAGGCACACUGAGGAAGCGCAACACCAAAGUACUUGAUUGAUAGUGACAUCAGUGUAUGCUAUAUGGAUGGUAAAGAGAGAGGUCAUAAACUGUUAUCCAUGUGUGUUUUCUUCCUCCCAGUGAGGACUUCUCUGUGUUCAUCUCCCUGUACCUAUUGCAUUCUUGUGGUACCAGUCACAUUAUCUGCCUGAACUGGAAGCCAAUGCCCUCUUUCAUGCACUUGUCGUGGGUUAGCAUGAUGCUGCCAACAGUGCUUUGUCCUUGAUUUUUGAAGCCUUGUAUGUUGGAGCAGAUAUUUGUGACUCAUUCCUUUUCAAUUCUGAAGGACCCAUCCUUGGUUUUGCCCUUUGUGAUCCCAGAGUUAACCAAAUGUCUCUUCUGACUUUUUCAAAAAUAUCCGUGUGCUACCAGUUAGGAGAGUUGAUCAAAUCCUUAUAUAUACAUGAGUUUACUGGGAUGCUGAAGGACAAAAUAUGCCUUCUUUUAGCUCAGUGUUAACUGGUCAGCAGAGCAGAUCAUCGUCACACAUGAGUCUCUGUGUCAUUGCUCUUGCAAUGACAUUUCUUGCUUGAGAAACUGCUGUCACUACAAUCCACAAAGCUCCUGUGCUACCCUACAGCCCUUUUCCCUGUUAUUCCAUGUUGUUGGAACAGUAGCCUAAUCCAUGUUGUGUUACUUGUGUGAGCAAGACUGGAGCUCUGUGAGUUGUGCUUUAACUUUGCCUUAGCUGUGGUGAAACUCCCAGAUGAUUGCAGGAAGUGGACCACAAUGUGUGAGAGCACUAAAAGUAUCCCUAGAGAUUAAAAUCAAAAAAGCAGUGUUAAGUUUUGUCUGUAAAGGAGAGAACAGCACGAGGGGAAUCCUCAGACUGAAGGUGGUAGCAAGUAGGCUUUUCCUUCUUCCUGGAAACUUGUGUGGUUUUUAUGCUCUUGGAAUAUUGUUGCCAGGUUCAUGUUGAGGCAACCUCUGGUAUGGGAUGAGGAGAGUGCUGGAGCCAAGGGCUCCUGAGGAGAGGUGGCAGGUGGUCCCUGUGCCCAAAGGACAGCCUUUGUCGUGCAAGUGGCAUGGCAGGUGGGAUGGGCUCCAGGAAAGGGUCCUAUGACCCUCCUGCUUCUCCCAUAUCUGGGCACUUUUCAAGCCCACCAUAACCCAAUGUAUUGGGCUACACUCAUGUCCCAGUCACAGUGGCUGUUUGUGAGAUCACCAGUCCCCUGAGUGCUCUGGCACUAUAGAAGCAGGGCCCUCUGCAGCUGCCCCACUGUCUACCCAGCUCUGGGGCCCUUGAUGAAUGCCUGGGAGGAAGAAAAGCCAGAGGAGUGAGGCAGAUGGCAGCUCACCUUUGUAAGGGACAGCAGCAGGGCCCCUUGCAGUGAUGGCUGAAGAGGAAGGCAUGUGCGUGGAGGAGGCCGCGGAAGAGGAGGAACAAAAUCACCCCUGUGCCAUGAGUGCCACUGCCCUCAGUUCCCUGGUCAUGGCCAUGCAGAGCGUGGCUCUGUGCCAGCCCAGGGACAUUGGCCUGCCAGGGAGCCACUGGAGCAGUCAGCUGGGUGACCCACCUUUGCAUGGGACAGCACUGAGACACAUCCAGCAGCGGCCAAAGAGGGAGGCACUUUCCCUGGGCCUGAAAAAUGGCAAUCGACGGUGCCGGAGGAGGAGGAGGGGAAAGAGGAGAAGGAGGAGCAUCAGCCCUAGCACCGUGAGAGCCAUGGCCAACACGCGAGGGACGACAUCCAGCGUAUGCCUCAAGGAAUUCUGGCGGCUCAAAGUCCGUACCUGCCUGACUGAAAAAUAAGCAACAUGACAAGCAUGAAAAUGCUGUCGUCCUCCUUAUUUGCUACUUUAGUGACAGCACUUGUGCUCCCGUGACCCCUUAAGCAGGAGGUGUUUUUUAGAAACUAUCCAGUUCCAUGUCCACAUCCUGUUUUAUUGAUGCCACCUUAUGUCCUGGGGUUUUUUAGGCUAUAACAUCAAACAAUUUGAGACUAGUUUUUUUAAACAGAGUAAAAGUUAUCAUAAUGAAGGCGUGGAGCCCUAGGAAUUUCUUCUUUGCAAACAUGCUAGGGAAUCUUAUGGAGUCCCAGCCUCCACACGGGGCCUGUCCUACUGGCUCACCCAUUCCAUCUCCUGGCAUCAACAAUCAUUUGUUGAUUGCCAUGCAUUAUAUGAGCCCUUCCUUCUCAUCCCCUACCCCACCCUUCCUGGAGCUCCUCUGCUCUGAGCCACAGGGAAAGGACAUGAAUUGACCUGGCUUUCACCAGGCUACUAUGCUGAGGUGACAGGAGUUAUCCCCAGGAGGGCCACUGAGGUUCCUGGGGUCUGGAGGUGGGAUUGCUUCAGUCUGAGGACAAAAACAAUCCCUGAUGGACAAGUGAAGUCAGCUUUGCAUAAAGAAUAUUAGCAGACCAAGCCAAGAAGCAGCAAGAGAGCUGCUUCCUUGGAGAACCAGCAGAUGGCAAUUCAGCCAGGAAGAAAAGCUGGCCUUCACAUGGAGUUCCCUUCUAGCUGCUUCAUAGGAAGUUCCUUUCAAUGUUGGGAAAAACAUUUUAAAAACCAAACCAAUAAACCAAAAAAUAACAGCAAAAGUUCUUUCUUCUUCUCUUUUUUGGGAUUUGGUGAGUGCCUACGGAUUCCUCUGUCCCCUCUUGCUCUCCACAGUCCUGGAAGGGUAUUGAUGUGUGGGGUAUAGGCCUCAGAGAUGGUGAGGAAUUGGGACCCACAGCAAACCAGGGCAGGCUGAGGGAGCUGCCUCCAGUCACGAUGGUAGGAUGUGGAGCAGGUGACCCAGUGAAAGUGUGGAUGUCCCAUCCUUGUCAACAUUCAAGGUCUGGUUGGCUGGGGCUUUGACCAAUCUGGUCUAGUGUCAGCGUCAUCCCAGUGUUCAGCCAAAGCCCUUACACCAUUCCCCAGCCUUUCCAAGGAAAUGGUAGGAGAUGUGCUGGAGCCCUGCUGUGGAUACAGGCACAGCCCAGUGUGAGGCUGACACCCUUUCCCUGGAUUGUCACAGACUGGUGAGUGCUCCCUGUGUGUCACCGAGCUGUGACACUGAGACAGAAACCCAGAACAGGGCAGGCAUUCCACUGCAUCAGUAUCCACCAUGGCCUCUGGGACACUCUGCUUUAAUGAAAUAAAUUGGAUUCCCCUAGUCUGCACCAGCUGCAAACCAGAUGCUGGGUGCCUGUCAAGGUGGGGUGCUGGCCUGGGGCUACCCCCACAGAACUGCUCACAUCUGGCCCUUGGUGCUGGGAUGGGGUGUGAGUGGAGUGCCCAAGGCAGUGUCCCAUGGGAAGGGCCUGUGCCACAUCCAGAGUCACCCCCCAGCCCUGUUUCAUGCCAAUCCCACCAGCCCAGCCCCCAGAGUAUCUGUAUCCCUGAAUUAUGGGUCUGGCCCUCCCACUGCCCUCACCACCACCGCUGCCACGCGCAAUUGUUCCAAACAUACCAAUAAUCCCCAUCAUCUGGGAAUCUGCCAGGCAGACAUCAUCACAGGAAAGUGGAUUGGUGUUGAUCGGGAGCUCCUCGUGAUGGCCAUCGUUCUCCAGGUGGGAGUGAGUCAAUCCUCUUGGCACAGUGUUAUAUUGUGCUCCUAGAAUAAUUAUGCUGUACCAGUUUCUCCCAAGUUUGCAGAAUCUCAGCCAAAGGGGUCCCUUUUUCAAUGCCAGGUCUGUUUCCCAUUGUUUCAAGCACUAAGAAGGACUUGAACCCCCCUUUUUACUUGGAAAAAAAAAGGAGCUGAACUCCCCUUUUACAUCUGCCUUGCAAGGGCUCUAAUCCCUUACACCUUAGGCGUUGUUAGGGCUACUUUUACCACCUGUGACAGAGAUAAAAGCUUCCCGUUUCUUUGCAGCAAGGUGUCAGAGAGCCUCAAGAGCUCAUCCCUGAGGUGUCAAUGGCCUUGGCAGCCCCUCCCCAGGGACCAGUAAGUGCUCUCUGAAUGUAGCCAGCCUUGCCUCCUGUAGCAGCUCACUAGCAGCCUUCAAACUGAGAUUCCUCCUGUUUGAAUAAUAUUUCCUUUUUGCCCUUUGCCUCAGCUUUCCUUCCUCUGAAACAGAAAUGUCUAUUUAGAGGAGCAUUUUUAAAAAGGACCAUCAAAUAUGUGUCUCCAGCUUUCACAACUAUUAACUGCUCAUUUCUAUAGGGAACACUCAUAAUUUGAAGGAGAGUUUAGCUGAUCAAAAUCAAGAUUCUCAGAGAACUUUGAUUAAAUAAGUAAAUCUAAAUCAUAGGCCAGAACCUCAGCAAAGCUAGAAUUUGAGAAAAAGUCAUAGAAGCUCAAGUGGAUGACCACUAGAAGCAGUCAGGCUCUUUAAAAGCACAUGCUUCUUUACUUGUGAUGUUUGCCUGGCACAUGAAAUGGCUGUAUUUUUUGUUAAAGCUAAAAGAAAUAGCACAUGCGUUGUUAAAAUGAAAUAUCAUCACACAACUAGAUUUUAAAACCCACAAAUGGGCUUAGUUCUCCCUGGAUAUUUGAGAGUGGUUACAGAUUGUUUCAGACACUCCAUGGGAUCAGAAAAAACCCAAAAAGUAAGAUCACUGCUGCCCCCCAAAAUAAUCUAAAGAGCUUUGGUUAUCGAAUGGUAUUUGGAAAACAGAUAAAUACCGUAGAAGUUUAUGACCUAACUCUUUGCAUUAGCAAUUAGUGUCCAUAUCUUGGAUUUUUCAUUUUAAUCUUAAAAACUAUACUUACCUUUGAGAACACAGAACAAUCUAGUGCAAUAAUCUUCUAUUUAAAUAAUAUUUACUUGCACAUUCUAAUAAAAAAUAAUAAAAUACUAUGUUUUUAACCUUAUGUACCACAAGCACCAGGGAAGAGAAACCAGGUAAGAGUUGCAAAAUAAUCUGUAUAUCAAUGGUUUUAUACUGACCAUGUAUUUCAAAGCAAAUGAAUCAGACUGAGCAUCCCAAACACAGCUGGAAAGGUUGGUCUAGUCAAGUGAUUUUUCUCAGCUUUGGAGCUUCAUCAGUUUUGGGGGGGGCACAGGUUCCUAAAGAGCAAAUAGAUACCUCUCCUUUUUCUCAGUGAUCUUCCUGGGAUGGCUUAGAUAGUGCUCAGAGACCACCCCUUCUCUCCGCUGGGAUUAAACACCUGCCCAAGUACAAGAUUACCCAGACUAUAUUGCUCCUGACAGAGGAAUUUGUAAAAAUACAGUUUAAAUGGCAUUGGAAACUCCUUAUGUUAAAUAACUUCAUAUCCAGUGGAAGUAAUUUAUUGAGGUAUUUCUGACCUUGGGUAGGGAAAGACAUUGUUGUUUCAAAUAAAUUAAGUUUAAUAUUUCUGCACAGUGUUCUGUAUUCACAAACACCGGAGCCUCUAUGACACACACCAGGUAAAUUAUGUGAGAAUACAAAAAUCAGUCAUUGCACAUACUGGUAAAUAAAUACAUUUACUCCAGAAUACCAAAAAGUUUCUUUUAAAAUUUUAAUUUGCAAAAGCACAUUCUUGCAGGUUUAUCUAAAACUUUCUAAAGUCUGAACAAAAAGGGAGAUGCUUGGCUAUUCGAAACAGGCCAAGAUAGUCUUGUGUGCAAAGAAGCCUGAUAUGUUACAGCUGUGGUGCAAAAACAUGUCUGGUUAAAUGUUAAUUCUCGUGAUUAGAUAAUUUUUUGUCAAAUUUGAUAUAUUUGAUAUACUCCAUUCUUUAAAACCCCACAUGUAAAGAAAAUAUAGACCAUAACAUAUGCAAAUUCUACUGCAUAACAUGGAUUUAUUUAAGAAAGGCAAGAAGAUGAAUCAGAAAAUGUUUACUGUGGGAAUUAAAAAAAAUAAAAAUAAAAAUAUUUAAUUUGCUUUUUCAUUUUCUAGGAACAGAAACAUUCAUGUCGCACAUUUUCUACUCCUUGAAGUUUAAGUAAACAAGUCAGAAACGAAGGUUAUUUUUCUUUACAGGCAGAUAUAUAGUCUCAACAUAUUCGAAAUGGGUAUUCCUACAGCUGCUCCCAAACACUGGAUCUUUCAGACUGUCAUUAGUUGGAUGAAGACAGUGUUGGAAAGUACAAAAUCAGCUCAGUGGCUACUAGGAACCAUCACUAAUGAACCACCUCUAGAGUAUGUACUUUCUGAGAUACUUCUAGAGGUGCAACAAAUUACAAAAUAUUCUCCACAGACGUUUUGUUUUGUUUCCCUGCUCUUGAGUAUAAGAAAUUGUUCAGAAAGGAGAAACAAAAGCCCCGGUCUUCUGAUCAUGGGGGAGAGAUUGGCUCCCUGCGUGGAUCUGAAACUGAAAAAUUAGCUCAAAGAAAAAGCAGAUGGUUCUCUGGAAUAGAUACUUACAUGGAGAGCAUGAGAGAGAACAACUCUUUGUAAUCUUUUCAAGAGAAAAAAGGAUCACUUGCUCAAAAUGAUUUUUAAAGAGGUUUCAAAUAACUGACUCUUUUAGAGAUACUUUGCAAUUAUUAACCCCAAGGCAAAUUAAUGUCAUGGUUUAUCCUGUCACUUAGAAGAGAGGGCAAAGAAGAUCUUACCAAAGGAGUUUUCUUAAGACUGUAUCCAUAUUUAUAUGUGUGUGUGCACAAACGUUUGCACAUCUCAACCUGGAAAAUGUUGGGAAAGUCAUAAACUAAACCCAUUCCACACUUAAUACUGACAAUCCUUCUGGAUGCAUAUAUAUAUAUAUAUAUGUCCCCUUUUUACUUUGCAUACAACUGUCAGAGACCUGAUUUUCCUAUCACUGAGCACAAGAUUUUAAUUUGACAUAAAAUUAGUUUCAAUCACCAGAAAAGAUGUUUGCAAUUUUAGGAUAAUAAAAAUUAUUAAAACUCCAAUAUUUGUCUUUUUCAUACCUGUUUUUCAGUAAGCCACUGUAAGAGGUUUGUUUCUUGCAGGCCUUGUUUCUUAGGGUAACUCCCUGUGUGAUUUGCUAGUUCUCGUGCAGAUUCAGUUCCACCCUAUUUUAUCCCUUAAAUCAUGGGCAAGGUUUUGUUUUUCUAAAUGCUCUGUGGAGUUGCAGUAAUGACAUCACUGAAUUUGGCAGCACAUUUAAUGGAAAAGGUGGGCAUUUUUCACCAACAGAUAUUCAAGAUCCCCCCUCUGAAUGCCAACAAGUCUUUAUGGGGUGUAUGUAAGAGCAAACUGUCCUGCCUUCCAAAUGCAAUUUUCUGAAGUGUUCAUGCCAGAAAUGCCCAAUUUUUGUGAUCCAGUUAAGCUCACAUUUAAACAAAGACAAGAAGACAUGAGGGCUCUGUCAGGGACACACAAGUGUGGCAUUAUGGAGACACAACAGAAGUUAGAAAGAAGCAUUGGUUACACCAGCAGGCUUGGGAUUAGGCCUGACACAGAAAUAAAUGGGUGAAAAAAGACACCAUGAAGAAAUCUGUACAGAAGUUGAG